CAAAUCUCUCUCUCUCUCUCUCUAGUCUUCAUUAUUGUUUCUCUCCUUAUUCUUCUGGCACCAUUUCUAGACCAAACCCAGAAAAGGGAAGGUGGGGAAGCAACAAAACCAAGAAAAGAGAAGAGAAAAGAAAAGCCAUGGCUCUUCCCACGAUAUCACCCAACUCUAGUAGUAGUAGUUGGGCUACGUAUGAUCACCUAUCUUCUUCAUCUUCUUCUGCUUCUUCUUCUUCUUCUUCACUAGUGGACUUGGGCCUCUUGCGCAUGGCCAAGAACAAGAAGAACAAGCCCACCAACAUCAAAUUCACAAUAAAUGGUGCUUUGCAGUCUCCUCCCAUGCUCCACUUCCCAAAGCAAUCCCACCAACAACCACCACCUGCAAUCACUACUAAAGAACCCACAAGCACCUCCACCUCCACCACCACCACCACCACCAAGAAAACCCACCACCACCACCACCUUCCACAGUGGAAUUUCCUACAAAAGGCCGCCGCCACCACCUUAGACUUCGUCGAGAGCGCGCUGAUUUCGCGGGAGCUCCACCACCCUCUCCCCAAGAAUGCCGACCCCGACGUUCAAAUUGCGGGGAACUUCGCCCCGGUUCCCGAGCAGCCCAUCUGCCACCACCUCGCGGUGGCCGGCAAGAUCCCCGAUUGCAUAAACGGAGUCUAUGUACGGAACGGCGCUAACCCGCUGCACGAGCCCAUGGCGGGGCACCACUUGUUCGACGGCGAUGGCAUGGUCCACGCGGUGACGAUUGGCGGAGGUUGCGCCAGCUAUGCCUGCCGGUUUACGGAGACACAGCGGCUGGUCCAGGAACGGGAGCUGGGCCGGCCCGUGUUCCCGAAGGCUAUCGGUGAGCUGCACGGCCACUCCGGUAUCGCCCGCCUCCUCCUCUUCUACGCAAGGGGGGCGUUCGGCCUCCUCGACCACAGCUGCGGGAGCGGCGUCGCCAACGCCGGCCUUGUCUACUUCAAUAACCGCCUGCUGGCGAUGUCCGAGGAUGACCUGCCGUACCAGGUGAGGGUCAAGCACUCCGGCGACCUCGAGACGGUGGGUCGGUACGACUUUGACGGCCAGCUCGACUCCACCAUGAUCGCCCACCCCAAGGUGGACCCCAUCACGAAGGAGCUCUUUGCCCUGAGCUACGACGUUGUCAACAAGCCUUACCUCAAGUACUUCAGGUUCUCGCCGGACGGCGAGAAGUCGCCGGACGUCGAGAUCCCCUUGCCGGUCCCGACCAUGAUGCACGACUUCGCCAUCACCGAGAACUUUGUCGUGAUCCCAGACCAUCAGGUCGUGUUCAAGCUCCAGGAGAUGCUAUGCGGUGGCUCGCCGGUGAUCUACGACAAGGAGAAGACGUCCCGCUUUGGGAUCCUCGACAAGAGGGCGAGCGACGGGUCGGGGAUCCGGUGGGUUGAGGUACCGGCCACGUUCUGCUUCCACCUGUGGAACGCGUGGGAGGAGCCGGAGCGGGGCGAGGUGGUGGUGAUCGGAUCGUGCAUGACGCCGGCAGACAAAAUCUUCAACGAGUGCGACGAGAGCCUCCAGAGCGUGCUCUCCGAAAUUCGCCUAAAUCCGACGACCGGAAAGUCCACCCGCCGACCCAUAAUUCACCCCUCCGAGCAAGUGAACUUGGAGGCCGGCAUGGUGAACCGGAACCUCCUGGGCCGGAAAACAAAAUACGCAUACCUCGCCAUCGCCGAGCCGUGGCCAAAGGUCUCCGGCUUCGCCAAGGUCGACCUCGAGACGGGCGAGGUCAAGAAGCACUUCUACGGCGACAACAGAUACGGCGGCGAACCCUUCUUCUUGCCGGCCGAACAAGACCCCGCGUGCGAAGACCACGGCCACAUUCUCGCCUUCGUGCACGACGAGACGAUGUGGACAUCGGAGCUCCAGAUCGUGAACGCCGCGAACCUGGAGCUCGAGGCCACGGUCGAGUUGCCGUCCCGGGUCCCCUACGGCUUUCAUGGGACGUUCAUCGAGUCCAAAGACCUAGCGAGCCAAGUAUGAGUGAUAUAAACCUUUAGUUUCGUUCUAUUUCUGGGGUUUUGGUCUUUCUUCGGGUUGGUGUAGUGUACGUGUGAUUAUAGAGUGAAGCAGCAGAGGAGGAGGACGAGGAGGAGGAGGUUGUGGAGGUUUUUACCGGAGAGACAGUUCAUCCGGUUCCUCGUGGAAGAUGAAACCUGAAACGCAAGCACAAGCCAGACUUUCUGGUUCUGUUUGUUUGUUUAAGGUUUUUCGUUGGGAAAAAAGGAAAUGUUUGAGCAGAGACCAGCUCGUAGCUUUUGGACAGUGUAGUUUUUGAGCUCAGCUGGUUUCUGUUUUAUCUCUCUUUUUUCUGCUUUUCCUUCUUUCAUUAUCCUGUAAUGUUAUUAUUAGUUAAUUUUUUUAUGUCUGCAA